AUGGCUGCUGCGACAAACCGGUUCAGAGCUUUAUACUCAUCCUCGCGGGUCGCUGCCCCUCAAUCAGGGAGCGUUCCUUACCUCAACUACCGUGGCUACGCAACUACAGAUCCCUCAUCCGCCACCGGCGGAGCUUCAGCAGCAACUCCCAGGAGACGGACAACGUUCACGGACAAGCUCAACGCCGGGCCUUCAUUCGGAGAUUUCGUCUCUGGGGGAAGCGACAAUGCCCCCCUUGAUCCCUCUGAAGCAUACGCCCUCAAGACCGCACUGGUCGGACCCGCCGGCCGCAAGAAGGAAAUGACUCGGUUACCGUCAUGGCUAAAGACGCCGAUUCCCGAUUCGAAGAAUUACCAGCGCCUUAAGAAGGAUCUCCGAGGACUCAAUCUGCAUACUGUUUGCGAAGAAGCGCGGUGUCCCAACAUCUCCGACUGCUGGGGUGGUGGCGACAAGGCCGCUGCAACUGCGACGAUCAUGCUCAUGGGUGACACUUGUACGCGAGGAUGUCGGUUCUGCAGUGUGAAGACUUCGCGCGCGCCACCACCGCUAGACCCUCAUGAGCCGGAGAAUACUGCAGAGGCUAUCUCGCGCUGGGGGUUGGGGUAUGUCGUUUUGACGAGUGUUGACCGUGACGACCUCGUCGAUGGUGGUGCCCGCCACUUCGCGGAGACAGUGAUCAAGAUCAAGCAAAAGGCACCGAACAUCUUGGUGGAAUGCUUGACCGGUGACUAUGCUGGAGAUCUGGAAAUGGUCGGUGUUGUCGCCCGAUCGGGUCUAGAUGUGUACGCGCAUAACGUCGAGACGGUCGAGGCCCUGACGCCGCACGUCCGUGACCGUCGCGCUACCUUUCAACAGUCCAUCCGUGUGCUUGAGGCUGCGAAGAAGGCCAGGCCAACGCUUAUCACAAAGACAUCCCUCAUGCUGGGUCUCGGUGAGACCGAAGAACAGCUCUGGGAUGCGCUCCGUCAACUCCGCGCUGUCAACGUUGACGUUGUGACCUUUGGUCAGUAUAUGCGCCCCACGAAGCGCCACAUGGCCGUCCACGAGUACGUCACCCCGGAUCAAUUCGAGCUCUGGCGCCAGCGUGCUCUCGAUAUGGGCUUCCUCUACUGCGCCUCCGGUCCGUUGGUUAGGAGCAGUUACAAGGCAGGGGAGGCGUUUAUCGAGAAUGUUCUGAAGAAGAGGCGAUCCGGUGCUCCUGAAGUUAGCGCUAGCAAAGUUCCAGUUAAUGAGGCGACGCGGUAG